CACUAUACGUUGUAUUUAUCAUGAACUAAUGCUGAAAGGUUUGUUUGGUUCAGAGGUUUCUGAGCAGCGGCAUCCACAAGUCACCAAAUUACCAACUUUUUACCACUUGUUUUGCCAUUGCGUCAAGCAGACGAAAAAGUUCAGUUUGGAGUGUUGAAGUUGUCCAUCCUGACGAAGCUGUUCAACGAGAGACGAAGCCACAACCAUGGCAAUGGGCAAGUUUGUCCCGAUCGACGGCCUUAUAUUCAAGUGGAUGCUUACCAUUUCUAUCGUGUUGAUGAUGGCCGUAAGUACAGUUAGCGACUGUCCAACGGACUUAGACGUCAACACAAACAAUUUUGGUCAGCCAACUGGCAGGAGUGUUGAGUUCGAAGAAGCUGUCAAUCAAACAUGCAACCCUGGGCCUAAUACCUUAUUCGUAAUCGGCAGCAACACUGUGACGUGCAUGGACGAUGAUGGCGAAUGCUCUUUCACGAUUGUUGUACAUGACAUAGCGCCCCCUGUAUUCACCUGCCCUCGAACAAUACAGAAACAAAUCAGCUACGACCUGUUGCAGCCCAACAAAAUGGCAACCGUUGUAGUCAUUUGGGACUCACCAAUGGCCGUCGACAACACAGGCGAGCCGACCGUGACGUCAACACACGAGCCGGGCGACGAGUUUUCCAUUGGCUCGACAGAGGUGGUAUACACGGCAAUCGACUUGGCUGGUAACUUGGCUAUGUGCACCUUUGCUGUCGAAGUGAUGACUGCUGGUAAAUAUACACCGCCGGCAGAUAUAAUCUUCGUCUACAAUAGUGGUGACAAUUGUCUCUCAGUCACAUGGCCGGAACCAGCAGAUAAUGCAACAACGGACUACUCAAUUUAUUAUUAUAAAGAGGGUGAAAGAAAAAAUUCACAAGAACGCGUUAUCGUACCCAGUGGCUCGAGCACGUAUAUGUACGAGGAGUUGUGUAAUCUGCGAGCUGGUCAGUUGUAUAUUGUCGAGGUUGAGAACCUUGUGAACGGAAAGCUCCUAACUGCAAUGGCACCUCGUUUUACGAAGCCAUUGCCCCCUACAGACUUGAAGGCGCUAUGGGGUACAACGUCACCUUCUUCGUUGGUACUCUCUUGGAGUCGAAGUGAGCAAACAGUGGACCAGUACGAGGUGACGACUCCGGGAAACAGGGUGCAGUAUGUGGCCAGUACCACAAACAGAGUUGAGGUGGACAGUUUGAGACCGGGGACCUCUUACCAAAUGACCGUAAGGUCAGUUGUUGGUACGGGGGACAGACUCGGUUACAGUGAGGCCACAUCCGCACUAAUAACCUCAGCUGCUAUUCGGGAGUCUGACCUCAUCGCAUACAACUACACCGAGUCGACUAUCAGGGUAGUGUGGACAGCCGUCAGUAAAAGCAGCGAUGAACUGAACCCAUACAUGCUGACCAUCGAGCCACAAGAUGCCGUGGAGAACUUUCGUACAGUGUUUCACAACUUCAAUGAGGCUCAGUUUACUGGUCUCAAGCCAAACACCAACUACCGCAUCCAGUUAUUGAGCAAUCUCGGGUUCCACCUUGAAACCACCCAAACGACCAGGCCAGGAAGGGUUAGAAACUUACGAGCAGUUAGCGUACUUGAGGAUUUUAUCACAAUUUCAUGGGAUCCGCCAACAGAGGGCGACGUAGACUCAUAUGACGUUUCAAUAUCGCCCGGCAACCAGUCCGAACCUACCAAUAUGAUGGGAACGAGUUUUGAAUUUAGCAGUCUGGUUAACGAGACCGAAUAUUUCAUUACCGUGGUAUCCUUGUACAACGACAUGAAGAGCAACCCAAAGACUAUACUGGUUACCACAGGAGUGACCAAACCUGUUCCAACAGAUCCACUUAAAUAUGUCACAUUGGCGGUCGGGUGUGUCCUUGGUGUCCUUGUUGUGAUACAGUUGAUUGUCAUCGUCAUUAUAUACUGGAAGUACCGAGUAAUCUGCAAGAAAACCUCGUUGAAUUCCCACGCAUACCAUGAUACUGACACCGUACGAGGGGAUAACAAAUAUGAUGAUACUGACACCGCUCGAGGGAAUGACGGUGAAGAAUAUGAAAAUACAAUGAUUGGUCCAGUAUCCAGACUUCGAUGAGCCCAUUCUACUGCAAACAACUAUCCGUUGGCAAUGUUAUGCAACAUAAGACCCAUACAGACUGUUGAAUUACAUCUACUUUAUUCUUACCUAUUGUAAACGUCACUUAAAUUCGCCCUAAACAAUUUGAUGAAUUCAGCAGUAAAAAUACUCGCAGUGACAGAAGCUAAAGAUGCUUAGGUUUUGUAAUGAGAAUGAAAAUUAAGUUCUGACUGUUUUUAAAAUAAGAUUAAUUUGCCACCC